AAAUAAAGCUUUGGCAUAGCGCGUGGGUGAUAUUUCUGGAAGGAAGCAGUGACACGCUGAAGUAGCACUACCCUGUUUAAAGGGAUCUUUUUUGAACACUGCGUCGAAUUUAUUUUUGUAUCUAUAUUAAACUGUAACGGGUAUCGAGUAAACCCCUGAAACAAUGGCAGAGAGUGACUGGGACACCGUGACUGUGCUGAGGAAGAAGGGCCCGACGACUACUCAGUCCAAGUCCAGGCAGGCUAUCACCACUGCUCAGAGACGUGGGGAGGAUAUUGAGACAACCAAGAAAUGGUCUGCAGGGCAGAACAAACAGCACCUUGUCACAAAGAACACAGCUAAACUGGACAGAGAGACUGAGGAGCUGCACCAUGACAGGGUUCCUCUGGAGGUCGGGAAGGUCAUUCAGCAGGGCAGACAGGCAGCCAGCCUGACCCAGAAAGACCUGGCGACUAAAAUAAACGAGAAGCCACAAGUCAUUGCAGACUACGAGUGCGGGAAAGCAAUCCCCAACAACCAGGUCCUGGGCAAGCUUGAGAGAGUAAUCGGCUUGAAACUUCGUGGGAAGGAUAUUGGCAAGCCCCUGGAGGCAAACCCCAAAAAGAAAUGAAUGCAAAGCCUCGAAAUCAGCCCCUCCCUACGGUCCCCCUCAUUCCUAGAAACCCUUACCCCCUUCCCCUCCCUCCAAACCUCUCCUUGCUCCUGCAUCUUCCUCUUCCCGGGCUGAUCUCACCUGCGUCCUGCCUGAGGACCUGGUGCUCCACUGCAUCACAUGCUGCAGACUGUCAAGUCGUCUUAAACACUCUUCUCUCUCUCGACCACAUAAUCUAAUGAAUGAUCGAAUGCAUCACAAACUGACGUUCUGUGUAUUUGGUUUCACUCACGUCUGCUAAGGCUUUGGCAUGAUGAAUGCAACGUUUUUUGAUUGUGAUGAGAAGUCAUUGAAAAGGUGGAUUAGUUUUCAUGACCGAUCAGACUAGUUUGGACUAACGUUAACUGAGCAUGAUCUUAAGCCAAAAGUGCUUGAUUGCAUCUCUGUUUCACACACUUUGGUGAGUGGGUGAAUGUCAUUACAGUAUUGGACUGUUUUAAUGCUGUGCUUUGUUUUGAUCUACAAAUAAAGUUUGGCAAUUCAA